AUGUCUUGGAAGAAGAACUAUUUUUCUGUGGGACGGGGCGGCGUGCAGGGAAUGUUCACACCACGCAAUGCAACAUCCAUCGCACCUAGUAAAGGCCUCAGCAAUGAGCCAGGGCAGAAUAGCUGCUUUCUGAAUAGUGCGUUGCAGGUUCUCUGGCAUCUUGAUAUUUUUCGACGCAGCUUCCGACAACUUACAACUCACAAAUGCAUGGGAGAUUCCUGUAUAUUUUGUGCUCUCAAAGGUAUCUUCAACCAGUUUCAGUGCAGCAGUGAGAAAGUGUUGCCUUCCGACGCCCUGCGCAGCGCUCUGGCAAAGACCUUCCAAGACGAGCAGCGUUUCCAGCUGGGCAUCAUGGACGAUGCUGCGGAGUGCUUCGAGAAUCUCUUGAUGAGGAUUCACUUCCACAUUGCAGAUGAAUCUAAAGAAGAUAUCUGCACUGCCCCACACUGCAUUUCACACCAGAAGUUUGCCAUGACCUUAUUUGAGCAGUGCGUCUGUACCAGCUGCGGUGCUACCUCUGACCCUCUGCCCUUUAUCCAGAUGGUGCAUUACAUCUCAACCACUUCUCUCUGCAAUCAGGCAAUUUGCAUGCUGGAAAGGCGAGAGAAACCCACUCCCGAUAUGUUUGGAGAGCUGCUUCAAAACGCCAGCACGAUGGGGGACUUGAGGAACUGCCCGAGCAACUGCGGAGAAAAGAUCCGCAUCCGCCGUGUGCUGAUGAACUCCCCCCAGAUCAUCACCAUUGGCCUGGUGUGGGACUCGGAUCACUCGGAUCUGGCGGAGGACGUCAUUCACAGCCUGGGCACCUGCCUGAAAUUGGGAGAUCUUUUCUUCAGAGUAACAGACGACAAAGCGAAACUGUGUGAACUGUACUUGGUUGGGAUGAUCUGCUAUUAUGGGAAACAUUACUCCACCUUCUUCUUCCAAACAAAGAUCCGCAAGUGGAUGUACUUUGAUGAUGCGCAUGUCAAAGAGAUAGGUCCCAAGUGGAAAGAUGUGGUGACCAAGUGCAUUAAGGGUCAUUACCAGCCCUUGCUGCUCCUUUAUGCCGACCCCAGAGGCACCCCUGUAUCAACGCAAGAGAUUCCUGCGCAGGUGGAUCUGCAGCAAUACACCCGGACAUACUACGACAGUGAAGACUCAGGGCGAGAACCUUCCAUUGCAAGCGAUACCAGGACAGACUCCUCGACAGACAGCUGCCCUGUUAAGCACUCGCACCACGAGUCCGUGGUCAGCCACUUCUCUUCUGACUCUCAGGGAACGGUCAUUUGCAACAUGGAGAACGACACGGCGUCACAAAGCAGCAGGGACACAGGACACCUGACCGACAGUGAGUGUAAUCAGAGGCCUGUUUCCAAGAAGGGCUCCCUGGCAGACCGCAAGCGGAGUUCCAGCAGGUCUCGGAAAAAGGGGGAUGAGCCGCAGCCAUCAGGAUAUCAUAGUGAAGGAGAAACGCUGAAGGAGAAGCAGGCGCCCCGAGCUGCCCCCAAAACGUCCAGCAGCACCAGCAGACUGCGGGGCUUUAAAGAGACGGUCAGCAAUAUGAUCCACAGCAGGCCGUCGCAGGCCAGCCAGGGCUCUCCGCGUGGAGGGAAGGGCCCUGCUGAGAUGCAUCCACUGCCCAGGGCGGUGCCCUCCCACGCCCGAGACUGGGAGAUGGACAGCGGUAGCAGCGAAUCCAAGUUGAGUUCGUCAAGCAAGUACCGGCCAACCUGGAGGCCAAAGAGGGAGGCGCUGAACAUUGACAGCAUCUUCAGCAAAGAAAAGAGGAAGCAGUGCGGCUACACGCCGCUGAGCCCUUUCUCCGAAGAUGCAGCUAAAGAAUUUACAGAAGAUGGGCUGAAGGAGUCAGUGAUUCAAGAAACGAGACCGAACCACUGCCACAGGUACAAGCAGUGGACUCUGGGCCGCGGGGUGCACUACGUGGCCGAUCAGCAUCCUCGCCUGAUCCAGAGGAUGGAGUCCGGCUACGAGAGCAGCGAGCGCAACAGCAACAGCCCGGUUAGCCUGGACAUGCCUCUGUCCGAGAGCUCCGGCACAUCCAGGGAUUCUCACAUGAAGCGACCUGGUGCUUUUGUUCCUGCAUGGCGUAAUAUCCCUAAAUCCCACAGCAGCAGCAUCUUGGAAGUAGAGUCAGCUUCAUCUCCUAGUUGCUGGGCAAAGAGCAAGCACUCCAAUGGCGGGGAGGUGCUCGUUUCCUCCAAGAGCGAACUCGAUGAGUUGCAAGAAGAGGUGUCCAGGAGGGCCCUGGAGCAGGAACUCCUGCGGAAGCGGGAGAAGGAGAUGGAGGCCGCCGUGGGCUUCAAUCCCCGCCCCAGCCGGUUCAUGGACCUGGAUGAGCUGCAGAACCAGGGGAGGACGGAGGGCCCAGAGCAGUCUGUGCAGGAGGCAGAGGCGGCCCUGGAGGAAUCCCUGCGCCAGGAGCAGAAGGGCGACUGCGCUGCGGCUUUGGCUCUCUGUAACGAGGCGAUAUCUAAACUAAGACUUGCCAUGCAUGGUGCCGGCUCUAGCACUCACACCAGAGCCCUAGUCGAUAAGAAGCUGCAAAUCUGUAUCCGAAAAGCACGGAGCCUCCAGGAUCGCAUGCAGCACCGGCAGCCAGCACAGCCGCCGCCCACGGGCCACCCGCCGCAAGGGGGCCCCCUGACCCAGUCGACCAGUGAACCGGCUGGCCCGCUCCAAGUACUGCUGAGCCAGAAGAUGCAACUGGAGCCCAGCAGAGAAGCUGAACUUGGGUCCAGUUCUCACCUCCAUCCACCUGCUCCCCAUCAUGAAUUGCAGUCAUCCUAUCCUGAAUCUUUCCCCCCACCCACUCCUGAAAGGAGCCCCUCACCCAAGGCCUCUCUGAAUGUCCAGGCGGCUUCUUCUGGUUUCAGUGACUGGGCUGCCCCCUUUCCCUGUAGACCUGGGGUGAGUGGCAGAUCCGGACCAAGUGAGAAUGGAGCCCGCUGUGGUGGGGCGCUGGAGGGAGCCUCCACCAAUGGUCUCCGAGGCAACAAAGAUUGCAGUAGGUUCGAAGAAGCUCGUGACGUAACAUCAUCUCUCACUCCUCAUUGCAAAAUGAAAUUUAACAUGGCAAACUCUGGAUCUUUGCCUGUCCUCUUCCCUCCUUCGCACCCAGCGCACGUCCCGUCUGAUAAGAAAGGCCUCCGCGGCCCAUGCUUCAAACCCUCAGGCUUCCCAGAGUGGCCAGGUGCAGUUCCCGAAGGGGCCUGUCCUGCCAUCCCCCCAGGUUCUCCUUCCCUCCCUCCGCCUCCUCCUUGCCCAUCACAGACUGCAAGGAGGCCCCUCCAAGCAAUAAGCCACGAGAGUUUACAUCACUCGCCGGAGAAAGCAGUGAACGGGAACCCUUGGGAGUCUGAGGCAGUCGCCGCGAAGGGGCGCGUUCGUUCCCUCGCAGAACAGUUUCAGCGCAUGCAGGAAAGGGAAAGGGCUCACGAGAAAGAAAGAACGGUGGCUCUCUGUCACGAUCAGAGGGCCCCACAGUUAUUGCCGGACUCCUUUAGCAAUCCUCCCUCCUUGGGACCCAGGCAGCCAAGCACUGGAAGCCUAAGGAACGGGAUCUGGCCCGCUGGCAGCUUGGACACGUGCCUGGAUGCGAGGGGAGAGCUGAGCGCUGCGGAUUGUUUUAGCGUUCACGAUACGGUUUCUCAACAUCCUGGCUGGCACGAUGGAGAGCCGUGCUACAGGGGGAAAGCGAGUGCUGCGGAUCCUGACGUUCACCAAGGGAGGCUCAACCACGAGGGAGAAAGGAGGCAGGCGAAAGAGAGGAAUCCCACUGGGUUUGCGGCCUCCGUGCCAGUGGACUGCUGGGUAGACAAUGUCCAGAGGUACUACAGUUCUCGGCAGGACUGCCAGACGGUGCUUGGGCAGCUGCCCCCUGCCUCCGGCCUGGGAGCCUUUGCGGAGGAGGCCCUGCAGAAGCACCCGCAGUGGGAUCAAGACACAGAGCAGGAGAUUUCGGAGCUGGAGUCGCUGUAUCAGGCUAGCUUGCAGGCGCCUCAGACAAGCCACUCUGCACUGGGAAGGCGGGACAAUCCGUGGCCUCCCUCGGGCAAGACGGCAUCUGGAAAUUUAACUCCGCGGAAGUUUCUCGGUGCAGCUGGCCUGGGCCUUUCAAAAACUCCGACAGCAGAGAUUGAGCGCAGCCUCUGCCGAAGUACCACGUCUCCAGGAUCCAAGGUGCCGUACACCAGGAACCACGGCCAGAAGCCAGAGGAGGAGGAGAUGUACAGCGCAGAGAACUUCCGCCGCAUUGCCCGUAGUCUCAGUGGAACAGUCAUUGCAAACCGGGAAGACGUGCUUGCCUCUUCCCACAGUUUUGAAGUGUCCAAUGAGAGGAAAAUGGCAGCGGAAGCCGGGCACCGUUCUUCCAGCACCACCUCCCUCACUUUCCCUCACGAUUCUCCUCCUGUGUUACCCUUUGAUCCCCAGCACUGCUCAGCCCAACUGCAGCACCUCUCCCAUGAUGCACCAGUGCCUAGCAUGGUGGGCAAGACACAUAGACAAUCAGGAAGUCAGAAGAACAUCCCACAAAUUCUGGCUGUGCUUGACAGGAGUGAAACAUUCCAAGGUGAAGACCACCCAAGUGCGGCCUUGAGUGGCGGGACCCCCCCCUCCAGACAGCAGGCCCCCCCUGCUCAGGGGCCAAGGCCUCUCCCCAGCCAGCAUCCAAGCAGGCAAGAAGCAUCCAGCGCCUCCGGCCCCUGGCUGCAGACGAGUCUCACUGCCAGACAAACAGCAACACUGCCAAACAAACGGACUGUCUGCUGGUCUCAUCCUGCCCAGCCAGAGAAGGGAUCGCAAGACCAUUUCUUCCCGCUGCCUUUACAACAAGGAAACCAGACGUUUUACAUCGCGAACUGCCGGCCCCCGCUGGGCAUGGGCUGCAGUCCCUUGAGAAUAGGGCGUGAGCCUCACAGGGACAUGGCUGGGGUCGAGGCUUGCCCGGUGCCUCCCCCCCAGGCCAAGGCUCCGGGCCCAAGGAGGGUGGACAUGCCCCCGGAUGAAGACUGGCGGCAGAACAGCUACGUCCCUCAGCCUGGAGCCCGGCGGAUGUUGCCCGUGCACAUGACGGGCCUCACUUACUCGUCUGCUUCCGAGGCGCACCGGAAGAUGCUGGUCCGAGCAGCUGCUGCUGCCCCUGUGCCCAGUGGUGGCUGGUAA